CUAAACUGAUCAGUGAGGCGUGGGUGUACAAUCACUACAGAUGGAUUGUUUGGAAGCAGGCCUCCAUGGAAAAAUCUUUCCCUCAAGCAAUGGGUGGCCUCUGUCUCACCCCAGAACAGGUUCUUCUACAACUCAAGUACAGAUAUGAUGUAGAGGUCGACCACAGCCGCAGGCCAGCUCUGAGAAAGAUCAUGGAAAAGGACGACACAGCAGCCAAAACCAUGAUUCUCUGCGUUUGUGAGAUUGUCUCCAAGGGUCACCUUCUAAACAGACUGAGUCGCAGUGACACUAAGAGUCCACAAGGUGCUGAUGCCAAGGUCGAAGCUCCAUCUGCAGUCGUUUGGCUGACAGAUGGUUGGUAUGCCAUAAAAGCCCAGCUGGAUGAACCUCUGACUGCCAUGCUUCACAAAGGUCGACUGGCUGUCGGUGGCAAGUUGAUCAUCCAUGGGGCUCAGCUGGUGGGAUCACAAGAUGCCUGCUCCCCUCUGGAGGCGCCUGAGUCUCUCAUGUUAAAGAUUUGUGCCAAUAGCAGCAGACCUGCACGAUGGGAUGCUAAGCUGGGAUUUCAUAGGGAUCCACGGCCAUUUCUGCUUCCAGUCUCCUGUUUGUAUAGCAACGGAGGCCCCGUGGGUUGUGUUGACGUCAUCAUACUGAGAAGCUACCCCAUACAGUGGAUGGAGAGGAAACCAGAUGGAGGUGUUGUGUUCCGUUCUGUUCGUGCAGAAGAGAAGGAGGCGAGACGCUACAACAGCCACAAACAGAAAGCUAUGGAAAUUCUGUUUGCCAAGAUUCAAGCUGAAUUUGAAAAGGAGGAGAAAGGGAAUAUCAAACCUCAGCGGAGAAGAAAAACAAUGAUUCAUCAGAAUAUUGCAAGUCUGCAGGAUGGAGAGGAACUGUAUGAAGCUGUGGGAGAUGACCCGGCUUACCUUGAGGCUCAUUUGAGUGAACGACAGUUGGAGACUCUUCAUAACUACAGGCGUUCCCUGGUGGAGAGAAAGCAGGCUGAGCUGCAGGAUCGAUAUCAUCGUGCUCUAAAAGCCGAGGACAGUGAAGGGAGCUGUCCCAAACGAGACGUUGCACCUGUGUGGAGACUCUGCAUUGCUGAUUCAAAAGACCAACCUGGCAGUGUUUACCAGUUGAGUCUUUGGCGGCCCCCAUCAGAUCUUCAGUCAUUAUUGAAAGAAGGCUGUCGAUACAAGGUCUAUAACCUCACCACUUCAGAUGGAAAGAAACGCAGCAGUGUUGAAACUGUUCAGCUCACUGGGACAAAGAAAACACAGUUUGAGGAGCUACAGGCUUCCCAGGAGUGGUUAUCAGCACGUUUCCAGCCAAGAGUCUCAACAAAUUUUGUGAAUCUUCAAAACCCAGACUUCCAGCCACUGUGUGGAGAGGUUGAUCUCACAGGAUACAUCAUCAGUAUCAUAGAUGGACAGGGUUCUUCUCCUGUAUUUUAUUUGGCCGAUGGGAACCUUAACUUUGUGAAAGUGCGCUGCUUCAACAGUUUGACUCAGUCUGGUCUGGAAGAUGUGGUAAAACCAAAUGUCCUCUUGGCUCUGAGCAACCUGCAGCUGAGAGGUCAGUCCAUGCAUCCCACUCCUGUUGUGUAUGCAGGAGAUCUGACUGUCUUCUCUACAAACCCCAAAGAAGCUCAUCUUCAGGAAUCCCUGAGCCAGCUCAAAAAUCUGCUCCAGUGCCAUGAGAACUUCUUUCAAACUGCUGAGGAGAAGCUUUCACUUUUAAUCAGAUCUAAUGGCCUGAGUUCCAUCACUUCUCCUGCUCUGCAACCCCAAACCCCAGCGUCUGCAGUGGACAAAAGACUAAACACAAAAACAAGUGAUACUUUUCAGAAGCCAAUCAGAAGCCUUGGAUCUUUCACACCUGUCAACAGGAACCCUGCAGCAGCAACGUCUUCAACAGAAACGGACCAAAGAACCCUGAAAAGAAGGAGAGCUUUGGACUAUCUGUCUCGUGUCCCGUCUCCACCACCUCUCCCUCAUCUGGGCUCAGUGGGUUCACCUUGUGUUAAUAAGACAUUCAACCCCCCACGGAGGACUGCGACUCCAAGCACUUUAAAAGCUGUACGGACUCCAGCUCACAAACCCAAGAACUCACUGGUUGAGGAUGAAUGGGUGCAUGAUGAGGAACUGGCUAUGAUUGAUACUCAGGCAUUGCAUGUAAUGACCGUCUACAGUGUCGCUGCAGUCCUGCUGGAGGCGCUGGCGGACCCGCUCUCUGGUUCAUCCACUCUUAUGAACACGAAGAAGACGUGUGACGUCACUUCCAUGUCUCAGACUGAAUUCUCCCAUACGACAUCUAAAGUAAACCCCGGUGAGGGUGAAAGUGCGGAAGACUGUAGGGACGACUGCAGUAGUCCAGACAAAAGCAAGAGGGACCGCGUAUUAAAGGAGGUAGGACUCACCAGCACUGCAUUCAUCGGUCCAGCAUUUCCUCCAGUAACAACCACAGCCAAGUCUGACAUUGAAGACUCUCUAAGUGAGUUUUACAAAGAGCUUGGGAAGAUCGAUACACUAGAUGGUGCUAAUGGUAACCCGGGGAAACAAGAUGGAGGCUUUGUACAACCACUCAUAUCUCCUGAAUUGUCUAAAAGCAAACAGUCUCAGCAUGUACUUGAGGAGAACAUUCUUAGCACAAGAAACUCAGAAACCACAGAAACAGACGGCUACCAUAGAAGUAGUGGAGGGAAACAGUCAUCCUGGUCUCACUGGUAUCACAAUGAACCAUACUACCCCAGACGACCGAGGCCAGGCUUAGACCUGAGCUCUAGUGAUGGUGUUUCUAACCAGAACCAGUGGCAUUAUCCUCCACCAGCGAACAGGCCACCGGAUCCAAGAUUUCACAGACCGCCUGUCUCUCAUCGACCACCACCACCUGCAUUCCCAAAUCCACGAAACCCGCCACCGCAUCUGAAUCCUACCUUCGCCAGUCCAGGCAUGACAAACCAGUACAAAAAUGAGUUGCAUUUUCCAGCAUUUUCCAGCUUCCCACCGCCCAGUGUGCGCAGUCACCCCUCUCAGGGCUUUCACAGAGAUUCCCCACAUCACUUUGACAGGGACGAACAAGCUUGCAGCUAUGAUACACUCUCAGAUGAGGGAACCGACAGGUGGUCUAGAGAUAGAAAGGAAGAAUGGUCUCAGUAUGAUGCCGAUUUUGAGAGGCAGCAGAGAUUUGAUGAACAUGAAGUAUGGGAGCGAAGGCAUCAUGACCAACCCCUUGAGGAUACUCAUACAUACCCCCCAGCCUUGGUGUUGAUCUUGAUGAGGGGAUUACCAGGAUCUGGAAAAUCAACAAUGGCCAGGGAGCUGCUCUCCACUGGUCCCAGUGGGAUCAUUUUGAGCACAGAUGACUACUUUGCAUACAAAGAUGGCUACCACUAUGAGCCAGGUCUUCUUGGAAAAGCACAUGAAUGGAACCAGAGGAGAGCUAAAGAUGCUCUGCAUGAUGGCCGCUCUCCCAUCAUUAUUGAUAAUACAAACAUCCAAGCCUGGGAAAUGAAGCCAUAUGUCAAAAUGGCCCUGGAACGAGGAUACAAAGUGGACUUUUGUGAACCUGACACCAGAUGGAAAUUUGAUCCUUACGAACUAGAGAAGAGGAACAAACACGGAGUUCCUCAUGAGAAGAUCGCUCAGAUGCUGGAUCGUUUUUCAUUUCCCAUUUCCAUAGACAUUGUCAUGCGGUCACAAGAUCCACCUCAUGUGAACCACAGGCGUCACCCUGAGCAGCCACAAAUGAUGAGGGAAACGCAAGAUUUCUAUUAGUUUCUACAGGGACUGAACAGCCAAAUCAUUUGCCUUGAACUCUUUUAUGCUGGUGUAAAUAUUUUUAGCUUCUGUUUAUACAGAUUUUUUAAUAUACUUUUUUCUUGUACAUUUAUGUAUAAACAGAAGAGAUUUAUUUUUUGAAGACGCUACGGUUAAUUUGACGUGUGUAAUAUCUUUGAUAGGAAAUGAAUCCGCAGUAUUUUUGUAUUUCACAUUUGUCCUUUUGUAGUUUGUGUGUUCGGUCCAAUAUGCAACAACACAGAAAACCAGAAGGUUGUCCUCAGCUGCCCCAAGUCAUUGUCCUGUCUGAAGCGAUUACCAGUUAGUUGUUAACAUUGUUUUUGGCGUCUUCUGAUUUCCUGAAAUCCCCUGAAAAACUCCAACUCUGUUCUGGUCAGCCACAAGUUUCAGAAGCAGUUGAUCUUUUUGGUUAUUCCACUACAGAGAGGUUUUCUGCUGUUGCCCGCAAAGCACAUAAAAAGGCAAUUUUCAUUCUUCCUCCAGGAAGUGACUAAUAUCUUCUAGUGCCACGUUUAAUUUUAUUCAACAUUAAAUUGAUCCUGUUUAUUUAGCUCCUGACCUCAGCACUCAGGAGUUUGUUGUGUAAGGACUUUUUUAUACAGCUGUAUAAUUAGAUACGCUGUGUCUGCAUUGAUACUGUUGUGUUUUUGCUGUUAGGUCUCUAUGGUGGCAAGUUGUAUUCUUUCACAAAUCAGUUUUCAGAGGAAAUAUUUUUACAUCAGAUAAUAGUAGGUGCCUGUCAGCCAAGGAGAAAAGCGCUUUCUUAAGUCUUGAUGAAUUGGACUGCUAUGUUGCCAAUUUUUCAAGACAGUCUGCUUCCCAGAUUAACAGUGAAAGAGGCUGCUGUAAUUCUCCUCUUCACACUGGCUCUUCUUAAUGUGUUUUCAAGUUCAAGUGACGGUGGACUAAAUCCGCAGUUGUCAGACUACCAGAAACUAAUUGGAACGCCUCAACAGUUGGAGUUAGACAAAUGAAGCAACACUAUUUUUAGUACAGAAGUCCAGCCAUGUGUUUCCCUGUUUAGCUGCGGUGAACGGAUAACGACAGAAAACAGAAAUUUUCCACUGAAAUGACUGCGAUUGGAGGAUAAUCACUUGAUUUGUCGACCGCAGACUGCUGAAAAGAUUCGAGUACGUUGUUGCGCUGUGGAUUUAAUUGGAUGCCUUACACUGAAAUCAGUCUAAACAUAAGGAGUGAUAACUGUACUGGUGCUCAGAUGGAAACGAGUAUAAGAAAUAAUUUAUGGACUGAAGCAAUAAUAAAUUUACAAGAACUUGAGAACACACAUUAACUAUUCUGGCACAUACUGACUUUCUCAUGAGACCAUUUGGCCAAAGCAGAAUAAUCUCAGCGAUCCUGCUGCAAAUUACUGCCGGAAACCAGUUUAUGGAGACCUUCAGGGCUCCGAUAUGAGAAGCAGUGAGUGUGCAGACGUCUUUGUCUGAUAGCAUUCAUUGCUGCGUCUCACAGGAAAUCACAUUUUGCCUUUCUAUUCCCCCCGGCGUUCAUUAAAGCAGCGCACAGAGGUCCUGUAUUGUUGACUUGAUGUUUUUCCAAGCGGUGUUCUGUGGAAUUAUUUCCACAGGAGUGGACCUGAGUCUGUUUGGAAUCCUACGUGUUGGUUGAAAUCUUUACGUCAGUGUGUUAUUUUAUUUUACAUAAGACACAAGGGCUUUAUUAGCGACAUGGUGGUAAUUUUCUGUGGAGCUUCGUGUGACAGAUCUGGGUUAACUUUCUUGUUCUCUGCUUUACAUUAUGCAGACUCCACUUGUUUAAAAAUAGCUCACUGACAAUUGGAAGCACAUAAAGUAAGAUGUGGUUUUUUUUCCACCCAACGAUGUGCUGGCUUUGGCAAAGAGAAGAUGACAAAACAGGAACAUUUCACAAUAAUAUCUCAGGAGUCAAUGUGAGUUUGGUCAUGUCGUGGUGGUCAUUUUAAGACUACAGGUUGUUACAUGUUGUCAAGCAGAUGUCCUUGUUCUGAUCACCUUUCUUCUACGUCACUGUGGCUCUCUUACCUCUUCUAGUGUUUUCUCCUCCUGAUUUUUUGAAACCUCUCCCAGGCACGUCACCUCAUUCUGCAGUGUUUAGACUGAUGUUCCUCCAGCCAGUCUGAGACACGCAGGUUUCAUCGUUCUGUUAUCCUGACUGCGCUUCAUUUUUCAGUUAGAUUUUUUUCCAGUUGCUUUGCAAAGUGUUUCAUUCAUAAGCUGUCGAGAAUCAAUCCUCCCACAGCAGUUCUUUUUUUUUUUUAUAACAUUAAAACUCGAGUGAAUGUUUGAUCCGUUUCAGUAGAUAAACAUUAUUCUUCUGCUUUUGCCUUGUAAUUGGGUUUACUGAUAUAUUGACCAGACUGCAGUGUUCAUUAUACUUUUGUCUGGAGGUUUAUUGACACAGCACUGAUCUACCGAAUCCAGCAACAAUGGAAACAUUGUGAACAUAAUUGAAUUCAGAUCAUUUGUGACAAGACUGUAGAAAAUAGAGCUUAGAAAGAAUCAAAAAGAGCUGCAUGACUUGGGAUUCUAGUUGUCUGAUUUGCAGCAGGUACAAGAAAGCAAAUAUUGAACAAAUGCAAGGAAGGGCUGUUUUCAUUUUGGCAUGACAAACACAUUUAUCCACAAAGUGAAAUGAUGGAUAAUGCUAAGCUGAUUUUCAUUGCAGUCAUCCAUCUGUCAGUAGUUGCCAACAACUAAGAAUUACGUUCACAACACGACAGUAAAAACCAGUUUGUAAUUUCCUGAGCAGUUUCUGGAACCCUCAGAGAUAUUAAAUUGUCGUUGAGUUUCCUAAAAUUUAAUAUCAAGCGAGUGUCCAUGAACUGUUCUGUGUGGCUGGUUGUUAUUUUGAAAAGAAAUCUGUGUGAAUGAGCUAAUGCAUCAAUCGUUGACAUUUUUUAGCUUUUUCGUCUGAUAAAUAAAAGCUUUUUGAAUCUUG